UGUGGCUCCGGGCGUGGCGCGCGCCUGCCUCCUGCCCGGGAUGCGGGCGAAGGAGGAGGAAAGAAGGAAGCAAGGAAGGAGGGGGCCAUUCAGGGAAGGAGAAGAGCCCGCCGCAGCAGCAGCAGCACAGGAAUAACAUCUGAGAACCAAGCAGUCCACAGCUUCCACUAUGUCUUCCAGGCCUUUUGAAAGUCCUCCGCCUUAUCGACCUGAUGAAUUCAAACCUUCACAGUAUGCUCCAAGCAAUAACACGUAUGGUGGUGAAUUCAAUUCUCAGCCAAUGUUCUCUCAGCCUGCAUAUUCCUACUACCCAGAUGAUGAAGUGCAACAUUUCUACAAAUGGACUUCCCCUCCAGGAAUAAUUAAGAUCAUGUCAAUUCUCAUAAUAGUCAUGUGUGUUGGCAUCUUUGCUUGUGUUGCCUCCACACUGCCUUGGGAUAUGGACUACUAUGGAGGUAUGGGAACUGGUCUAGGAUAUGGCUAUGGCAGCUAUGGAGGCACAGGUUUUGGAAGCAAUUAUGUUGGUUACAGUGGCGGCAGUGGCUUUGGAGGUUAUGGUGGCUAUGGUGGCUAUGGUGGUGCAUAUGGCGUUGGAGGGAAUUAUAUUGAUCCUCGAGCAGCGAAAGGUUUCAUACUUGCAAUGUCCGCUUUUUGUUUUAUUGCUGGAUUGGUGGUUUUUGUAACUGGCGUUACCAGGACAAACAUGUCCAGGACAAGGAGGUAUUACCUCCUUCUGAUAAUAGGAAGUGCCAUCUUGCUGUUCUUGGUGUUCAUCGCUACAAUAGUAUAUAUAUUGGCUGUCAACCCAACUGCACAAGCUUCAGGAUCAGCGUUCUACAAUCAAAUUUAUAUGCUGUGCAGCCAAUUCUAUUCACCUACAAACACCGGACUCUUCGUGAAUCAGUACUUGUACCACUACUGUGUGGUUGAGCCUCAGGAGGCGAUUGCCAUUGUGCUAGGCUUCCUGAUUGUCGUAGCUCUUGCCAUAAUAAUAUUUUUUGCUGUGAAAACCCGAAGCAGAAUAAAUUACUAUGGUAAACCGAAUAUUCUGUGGGAUAAUGCGAAAAGCUACGAGGAGGCUCCCAAUGUGGAAGAAUGGGUGAAAACUGUAAAUGCAGAGCCUGAAUCACCAAUGCCAGUUGCCGACUAUCCUGAUCGCGUUGCUAGUCCAGCAGAUUACUCAGUUUCCGAUGCUCCUGCACAUCAGAUGUAUAAUGAUCAGAGCUACAGAGCCACUCCGAUACCCGAUGUUAAUGCUGCUAUAAAGCAGUCUCAGUAUGCCAACACCAGCAGUUACAAUGGAUCCUCUAAGGAGCAAACACAGAAAAGAAAAGCAGGAAGACCCAAAAGGAGCAAUACAGACAACUAUGAUGGUGAUUAUACCACUGGAGGAGAAUCUUGUGAUGAGUUGGAAGAAGACUGGGACAGAGAAUAUCCACCUGUAUCAUCAGACCAACAAAGGCAAACGUAUAAGCGAGACUUCGAUGCAGGACUACAAGAAUACAAGCGUUUGCAAGCAGAGCUGGAUGAGAUCAGCAAAGAACUCUCUCGUCUUGAUAAAGAACUAGAUGAAUAUGUUGAGGACAGUGAGGAAUACAAGGCUGCUGCUGAGGAAUACAACAGGUUGAAGGAAAUAAAAGGAUCAGCAGAUUAUAAGAACCGGAAAGCAUACUGCAAGAAGCUGAAGAGUAGGCUGUCACACAUCAAAAGGAUGGUUGCUGAUUAUGACAGACAGAAGUCCUAACCAGAAGGAAGAAAAUGGUCUACAUGGCCAAAUAUGUUAAUAUUCAUUAAGCUGGGAUAUGAUUGUGUUGGACUGCAGGUAAUGAGAGACCUUGGUGGUUUCUACUUCACAAUUAUGUCACUUGUGCCAUGUUUACUCUGAAGUAUGGACUCUGGCACUCAAUAUAUGGGGCUUCUAGUAGUUUCACUGAGUCAAGGAAUUUCACUAUUCUUUACAUCAGGUUUGUCUGUUUUUCAUCCCAUGUAGUGGACAUUUUCUCUAUUUGCCCUUCAUGUUCUCCGUGCUCCAUUUUCCUUGCGGGUUUAGACCCAAAUCGAUCCAGUCUCUUUUUGAAGAGUCUUGUUGCAUUAUAUCUUUCCAAAUGCCAUUUGCAGGGUAGGCUGAGUGCUUUCUCCUUGUAUUAAAAUGCAGGAAAUCAUUUUCCCUAUGUAGACCACAUGUUAAGCUAAUGGGAAUUAUAUUUUGAAUUGCACGGAGUAUCAAAAUGGAGCCAAUGUUCAUAAUCUAGUAUGUGAUAUCACCAAGGACAAUGUGAAACUGAAUGUGAAUAUAUCUAUUAUUUUAAAAAAAUAUCAAUGUGUAUUUUAGAUGGUUUUAUGAUAUACAUAUAGAAUUGAGGAACAAAAUGUUUUGACUUGAAUAUAGUAACAUUCAUUACCUAUGGAUGUCUCUUUGAUUUGCAAUCCUAUACGCAGUCACCCGGGAAUGUAGUAGAAGUUACUUCAAAGACAUCACAUGCAAGAUUCUGCUGGAAAUGACCAGCCAAAGUCGUUAUGCCAAAAGUUUUGACCACUCUGUAGUGUAACCGAUUUAUUAUGGCCAAAGAAAAUGGAAACCAAAAUGUUCCUUUUAAAUGUUAUGAUUUACAAAAGCUAUUAAGAAAGAAAGGAAAUGGUAAAAUCUAACUGCUAUUUGUAUAUACAGAUAUCCUGUUUUUGGUUAGGUCAAGUACUAUCCUUAACAUAAACACAAUAGCCUUUGAUUCUGGAACAAAUGAGGGCAAAGUAGACACUGUUCUGCUCACAGGUUAUUGGGUGCAACACAAUGAAUUUGACCAAAUCCUGUUUAAGGCAGGCUAACUGAAAUCAGUGAGGCUUAAAUUACCCAUGAUUAAUAAUCCAAUGAUUUCAGUGAAUCCACUCUAAAUCGGACCAAGUCUAGAUCGAGUCCAGUGUAUCUAAGUGCCUCCUCAAUGAAAAUAUCAGAAAUAAGUUAACCUUUUAAAGAGAGAAUAAUUUUUUAAAAAACUGCUUUCAUAACAUGUUUUAAUUGGAAUACAGUCACUGUGUACGUAAGUCUAUUUUUGGAUGUUUUUAUGAUAUGUCAAUAAAAUUAUUUCAACUUUUGGAUAUACUAAAA